GGCGGUGGUCGCCCGCUGCCCUGAAGAAGCGUCUCGAGUGGAAGCGCGAUGGAAGUCGGUGUGUGACCAGGUGUCCGUGUCGUUGGAGGCCACCGAAGUCGGACGAAAUAUACAUACUUAUAUGUGUCGGAGUCUGUUCCGCCUUCAAAGCCGGGGGACUCAUCGCAGAGGAUGCGGAGCGCAGAGCGCAGCGGGAGGAGCGGCAGUGCUUUGGGGUGGAGCUCGUGAGCGGCGGCUGGAGGUGCACGCGCGCUCAUCUUCAUCCAUCGCGUGCGGUCUCCGUGAGCGCCCGGAUGACUGACUGUAAGGAACACACCAUCCAGCUGAGAGCGCUGACUGCUGACCGCCGUGCGAUGGAGAAGGAAAAGAAGCCAGGUUACUUCGCCAGGCUGAAGAGGAGGAAGCAGAUCAAGCAGAGUCAGUCAGAGCCGUUGGUGACUGGGCAGGAACAGUCAGAACCUGCAGCGGCCAGUAAGAGCCAACCGGAGCCGCCCAUGGCAGAUCUCUGCAGAGAGACCCCAGCAGGAAAGGGAAAAGUAGUCCAAGCACCAACAUGCUUGGACCCGUCUUCUGUCUCCUUGGCGACCGGCAUAGGCAAAGAAAGGGAAAGCCAGGAUGAAAGCCAUGGUAACAGUCAGGACACCAGGAGUGGGAUGAAGAAGAAGCAGCCUCCUGGUACAGUGGAAUACACGGUGGGUCCUCAGGACACACUGAACAAAAUUGCUCUCACAUUCAACAUCACCCCCAAUAAACUGGUGCAGCUGAACAGUCUGUUCUCCCGCUAUGUGGUUCCGGGUCAGACACUGUUUGUCCCAGAUACGGGCCAGUCGGAGAGCAGCUCUGCAGUCCCUGACUCUGCUGUCUCCUCUUGUAAUCUCCACUCUGACAAAGUGUCGCAGGAUACUAAUUCAAGCAAAAAGGAGGCAAAGCCUCUCAGACGGGUUCUGUCACCCGGCUCCGAGGAUGAGGAGCCAGCAACUGUCAAGUUUCUCAAAAUGAGCUGCAAAUACUUCACCGAUGGCAUGGGUGUGGUUGGAGGAGUGAUGAUUGUGACACCCAACAACAUCAUGUUUGACCCACACAAGUCAGACCCUCUGGUCAUCGAGAAUGGCUGCGAAGAGUACGGCCUCAUCUGCCCCAUGGAGGAGGUGGUGUCCAUUGCACUCUACGAUGACAUUUCCCAUAUGAAGCUGAAAGAUGCGCUGCCAUCCACAUUUUUUUUUAUUUAUUCAUUUUCUGUGUUUCCUAUUUGUUCAUUCAUAUGUAGCCUUUUUAUUAUUUCUUCAGGUUAUUUAAUUUCGGUGUUUUGUGUUAGUUUUGUUUUCCCAUAUUUUCAUUUUCAUCUUUUGUUUUUGUGUUAUGUCUCUCUCCCCCCUCAUUCCUUCAUCCCUACCUUGCACCAACCAUCUUCUCACAGCGACCUACCCCAGGAUCUAUGUCCUUUGUACAGGCCAGGAGAGUGGGAAGACCUUCCAUCUGAGCAUGAGCUCAACCCCUUCAGCCGCUUUGAGGCCCUGGAUCGGGACAAGAGGCCCAUCCUCCUUGACGACAUUGAGGCUGUGGUCACUGACACAGACACAACUAAGUCUGAGGCCAUGGAGAAAUCGCCUUCAGACGAAGGGUUCACAGAACUGGAGCUGCCGUCAACAGGGAACACAGACGAGUCUCAGGGCGACAUUGAAGGCCUGGAGGAGCUUGUCGCUCCUAGGCAGGACUCUCCUGCAGAGUGGUCCCCAUUGGAAGCCCACAGUGGCAUUUCGGCAGAGCUGGAUAAGCAGCCAGAAGGAGGACCUGUGCGGAACAGUGUUCCUGCUCCCACGGAUAUUCCUGCAGAGAAAGCUUUGGGAGAAAAUGAGCCGCGCAAGGUGAGCAGUGGCAGUGAGGGGACACUUGCUGACACGCUUGAAAUCAAACCCAAAGACCUUAGCUUCACUAGCAGCAACGAAUUGACAGAGGACCAACAGGAGAGUGUUGAGCCUUCCGGUAAGGAUGGUAUGCCACGUUCCAGUGAUGAGGCAAUGAAUGAAACAAAAGUAAAUGUUGUGGACUCUGAGGGGGCAGAGCCAGCACGGCUCUCUGAAGAAGAGGAGCGAAAGCGCAACAGCGAGGUGGAGAUGAAGGCUUGGCUACUACAGCGGAUGCAGGGACCAAUAGAGGACAUGCUGCUGUCAAAAGAAGAGAAGAGCAAGAACCCACCCAUGUUCCUGUGCUUCAAAGUGGGAAAACCCAUGAGAAAGUCCUUUGCCAUUGGUCAGACAUCAAGCCCAGCCCACCAGUACCGGAGGAAGGACCAUCAGCCAGAAUACUGGUUUGCCGUCCCCCAGGAAAGAGUGGACCACCUCUAUGCCUUUUUUGUUCAAUGGUCCCCAGACGUGUAUGGGAAGGAUGCUAAGGAUCAAGGCUUUAUCGUAGUGGAAAAGGAUGAGCUCGACAUGGUCGACAACUUCUUCAGUAGCCCAACCCCCAAAAGCUGGGAGAUCAUCACUGUGAAUGAGGCAAAGCGACGCCAGAGCGUGGGCAGUUUUGAUGACAACGAAUUGCUCGACCUUCUGCCCGUGUUGAGUGAUAACAGCCUGCUGCUCGAAGAGAGUCACUUGCUGAAACUGGCCAGUUAUCUGCCGGCACGGAUCCAAGGAUAUCCGUGGCGGCUUGCCUACAGUACGGCGGUCCACGGAACGAGCCUGAAGACCCUGUACAGGAACCUUACUGACAUAGACAGCCCUGUGCUGCUGGUUAUCAAAGACAUGGACAACCAGGUGUUUGGAGCCUUCUCGACACACCCUUUCAGGAUUAGUGAACACUGCUAUGGGACCGGGGAGACCUUUCUCUACAGCUUCUGUCCUGAUGUUCGGGUGUAUCAGUGGAGCGGUGAGAACUCGUACUUUGUGAAAGGUAGCACGGAUUCUCUGCAGAUGGGAGGGGGAACGGGACACUUUGGCCUGUGGUUAGACGCUGACCUGUAUCAUGGGUCCAGCUCCACUUGCUCCACCUUCAGGAAUCAGCCACUAUCCUCGAAGCAGGACUUCACCAUACAAGACCUGGAGGUCUGGACUUUCCUGUAAAAUCUACCCUUCCACUGAGAGUAAAACCUGUGACUUUGCAUCUGUUUUUAGUGUGCAAGUGAUGGAAGUGGGUUUUACCAGGUUCUACCUGACUGUACUUGACAGGCGUUGGCGAGCACAGAAGGCAUGUCGUCGUUGCUCUCUCAGCUGUCAACUGCCCUGCGCCUCAGACUCAGUUCCCCAGCUUGCGGCUUAGUGCAGACACUUGUCAGAACCAGAACCAAACCACUGCACGCACAUAGAAAAAAGGAGACCACUAAUGUCACGUCCAGACCAAAAGUGAACCCCACGCGAGGAUAUGCGGAGGAAUUGUUUACAGUAAAGAUGCCACCCUUUCUGAGGGGCUGUCUUAAUUUCAUGUUAGGAGUGGUUGAAUGUGACAGUAUAAUUGCCAUUAGUGGGAAAACUGUUUUGAUUGUUGAUGUUCAAGAUGUGUGUCUUAGCAAAUCCAAACAUUGUGUUUAAAAGAGAAUCAGGACUGAGGCCUGUAUUUGACCAAAUACUACAGUUGUAAUUCAGUUUAGUUCUAGUUUUUUUUUAAUUUUAUUUUUCCUUUUUGUUACAUUUACAGAAUUUAAAUAAGCACUUUGCAAGUAUUUUUGUAAGCAAUGCCACCAGGUUACUUUUUAUUCAUUUGGCCAAGUGUAUGAAUUUUUGAGUUUUUCCUCUGUUUGACAUGAAAGUGGAGGAAAAAAGUGUUACUUUAAGUAGUGUAUUUUGUAUCAUUCCAGUUUAACAGUGACCAACUCCCUGGCCUCCCGUGUCCUCUCGUUAACCAUGCAAAUCUCUUGUAGUCCUCUUGAACCUGCCGCCAUGCCUUUCACAGCAGCAGGCUCGUAGGUUGGGUGUUGGCCAUCAGUGGAGUAGGUUUGCUGUAAAGCCGACCAUCCGUACCCAUGGCGAUAUCACAACUUCUCCUGACAUUAAUGGAAUAAAAGCAAUGGUCUCAUUCUGCUUCUGAUCACUGCCAGUCCUCGCAGAACUGCCACACCUGCCGCUACUCAGAGACUGCUGUCUUCCAGACUCGCCGGCGCAGACAAGGGUUCUCACGUCUUGAAAGCAGGAGGAUCGAAUGGCUUUGCUCUCGAUUUUUGCUAGUAGACGAAAGUGCACUAUUUUACCCAGUCGCAUCACAGCAUAUUCCUGAACGUUAUGUUUCUCACUGUGUACAUCUCUAAAGGGAAAGCAUACCUGUAUUUGUUCUCAUUAAUAAAACACAAAAAUGUCUGUGCUUAUAGCUGGAAUAUCUAGUAAUGGUUAAUUUCCAAUAAAGACACGUGUUUUGUUUGUUAGUGUGUGCUGCUGGGAUGACUUGCCACAGCACUAGAAAUACAGUAAAAGCUUUUCUCCCAUCCAUAUUUUAAUAAUGUGCUGUUGACCAGUUCAUGUGUUUCAUUAAGUAUUUACAGCAUGUGUGAUGCAUCUUUACUGCAGUUUUCUUCACGUAAUGUCGGACGCGACCUCUCUCACUCAGCUAUUCACAAACUAAGGCGAGCGCUUAGCAGAACCUUGUCGUCUUGUAUUACGGAAGCCGUGUCCUUUGUGUUCUGUUCUGCGAGUAAAAUGCACUUGUGAAGUAUUCCUCUUUGUGAGCCAAAACAGUUCUGUAAUCUGUGGUAUUGCUGAGAUUAUAUUUAUUGUGCUUUUGCUAUGUUUAAAAUAAAACACUACAGAUGUACAAGAGAGAA